UCUACGCUACCAACAAGGGCAAUACCAAAUGGAGCAGUACAUCUCCAAUCCCGAAGAUCCAGACACUUAUACACAACUCAGAAGAUUUCGAAUGCGGCCGGGCUAUCACCUAAUCGCUACGCUUCCCCUAGAUCCAGCCUUCGUGAUCCAAACGAUUACAUCACUUCCAUGGGGCACACAAUUCUGCCUUACUUUCUACUGCAUUGAAGACAACCCGUCAUUUGAGAUGUACUUCUUGUAUGCAAAAAGCUCUUAUACCUACUGGUGGGCACAUCAGCAAGCCAACGGUGACUUUCACUACGUGAGCAGGCCUGGUACCGUGGGUCAUCAAGAGGAGCACUACGUUUACAAUCCGACCAAGAAAGGAGGGUACAUCAGCUUAGCAAUUCAAAGGAACCAGAACGGCGGGACAGAUACUUACCUCAACGGAAAGUAUGUUGCUUCACGCAAGGAAGUAGGGGAACUGUCAUACUUCUACAAUAACAAACCCAUCAAAGGACUUCGGCUGUCGGAGCUCCAUAUGACUCAAUGGUCUAGUUCCACCAAUCAAAGUCGGGUCUUCAAGGCAAGUGUAGCUCACACCGUACCCCUAUGGAACAUCGGGAAACUGGGUAUUGGAUCUGUGGUGUCAUUUACUGUCAUUUCCGAUGACUACUACAGCAACAUCAAUAUGCAGUUUAUAAGGCAUAGCAACCGGGAAAGCGACAAGAAUGAUACUACACGUGCAGCCUACAUGGGUGUAGCUCCACGAGCCAAUAUGGAGAUAAAAGGAGUUUGCAAAAUGGCGACGUUCACAGCUACAAUCUGGAGCGACCUGCAAAAUACUCCCAUCACCUUCGACAACAAUGAAACACUGCAAAAUCUGGAUGUGGCCAUAAACAACGUCUCGUACAAUGAUAUAGUAAUGGAUGUAGGCCUCCUUCAGUAAUAGCUACUGGAUUUAAGACCCGGACCCUCCUGUUCAGUCUACACGGAACACGAACAAAGAGUGCUUGAUUGUUUCCUACAAGUCGGACCAAUAAAGUUUUCACACCGA